UUUAUUUUCUAUAUAAUGGCAAGAACAAGUAAUGACGAUGAAGAAAAUACGUUUAGCCAUGAUUAUCGUUCACAACAAAAAGCAAAAUACUAUACAACAAACAACAGUGUACGAUUAGCUUCACACAACAAAACAAGAGUAGCUUAUUUCCACGAUGAAGGUGUUGGUAAUUAUCAUUAUGGAGAAAGACAUCCUAUGAAACCUCAUCGACUGACACUCACCAAUAAUCUUGUACUCAACUAUGGUCUUCACGAUAAAAUGGAAAUAUUUCAACCUAGAAGAGCCACAGACGACGAAAUUCUCAACUUUCAUUCCUCAGACUAUGUUGAUUUCUUAAAGAGAGUAACACCAGACAAUGCAGACCAAUAUGAAGACUUGUUUCAAAGAUUCAAUGUAGGCGACGAUUGUCCUAUUUUUGACGGUAUCUAUGAUUUUUGUCAACGUUAUGCAGGAGCAACCAUCGAAGCUUCUCGUAAACUGAUUGCGAAUGGUGCAGACAUCUGUAUCAAUUGGUCCGGUGGUCUUCACCAUGCGAAAAAGAGUGAAGCCAGUGGAUUCUGUUAUGUGAACGAUAUUGUGUUGGGCACAUUGGAAUUAUUACGGUAUUUUCCCCGAGUGUUGUAUAUUGAUAUCGAUAUUCAUCAUGGUGAUGGUGUUCAAGAAGCAUUUUAUUCAACAGAUCGUGUCAUGACUGUCAGUUUUCAUAAAUACAACGGUGACUUCUUUCCGGGAACAGGUCAUAUUGAUGAGAUAGGGACUUCUUUAGGCAAGUACUAUUCAGUCAAUGUGCCCCUUAGAGAUGGUAUUGACGAUGAAGCCUAUGUCUGGCUAUUUAAAGAAGUGAUUGAUUCGGUCAUUGAAGCAUUUCGACCCUCUGCCAUUGUACUUCAAUGCGGUGCUGAUUCUUUAGGGUGUGAUCGACUCGGUUGCUUUAACCUGAGUAUCAAUGCGCAUGGCAGGUGUGUCAAGAUUGUCAAGAAUUACAAUAUUCCAUUGCUUGUGGUAGGUGGUGGUGGUUACACUGUUCGGAAUGUCGCACGAUGCUGGACAUACGAGACAUCGGUUUUAGUGGACACUACGUUGGAUGAAAACUUGCCCCCGAAUGAAUACAUUGAUUUCUUUAAACCAGAUUAUAAACUGCAUCCUGAUCUUAAGGGCCGUGUGGAGAAUCAAAAUGACCGAGCUUAUCUGAUGCGCGUUCGGGAGCGUGUGCUUGAGCAACUUAGGUAUCUAGAUCAUGCACCGAGCAUUCAGAUGCAAGAAAUACCGCCUGAUAUUCAGGGGUUUUUAGAUGGUGAACAAGAGCAACGAGAAGCACAAGAAGAUUCAGAAGAAGGAAAAGACAAAAGAUAUGCAACGCGACUUCAUGAAGCUGAAUGGUUUGAUGAUGAACAGGAUCAUGAAGCCUGGUAAUAAAACUAUAUACAACAUUGCAUGAACAAUGAGUUGAAGGAAGACUUUAUUUAUACUGCCUGUAUUUCAUGAUGCAGCUAUAAUGUUAAAAGUAUAUGUAUCUGUCAAUGAAAACUAUGCG